UGUGCGCUUGUGUCCUGGGCUCUACUCAGCAGCCAGCUUGGCCUUCAUUGGGAGAUUUCACUGCCACAAGGAGGCCAGGCUGGCCAGCAAGGCCCAGCAGGAAGCUGGCAGACCGGCUCCCCGCCCCCAGCUUCUCCUCCUGGUGCCUGGGCUGCAUCUCAUUCCUCUGGGACAGGGAGCCGUGGCUGCUGACCUUGUAGUUCUGAUGCAUCGGAAAGAUAAGAUUCUCCCUGCUCAGCUGCUGACCCUGCCUGGUCCUCCUGAGGCCAGCUCCCGGACAGGAAGCAUGGGCACCCAUCGGCCCUUCAAGGGAGCCAGGGGGUGUCCCUGAUGCUGGCUCACUUGCUCCAAAACUCUAGGGCUAGCUCUCUGCUCGCUGCUCCCUUCCGGGAAAAGCCGCGCCUCCUCCGCCGGGUCCACACCCGGGCCCCUCCAGCGCAAAGUCCAGACCAGCCAGCGAGAGCGCUUUUGCGUUUACAGAGCCGCGGGCACUCCAGUGUUUGCAGGACCCAGCCGAAGCUCCCGUUGCGGAGGGGCGGGCUUUGCACGGGGCGUGCCAGCAGUUUUGCGCGCAGCACAGAGGAAGCGCGCCCUGCUUUCUCCCCGGACCUGGGGCUGUGGGCCGGGGUCGGUCCCGCCCUGAGCCAGGCUUCCACCUCCCCGCCCGCUUCUCGCCCGGGCUUCCCGGGGCCAAGCCAGUUUGCGGGCGGAGAGCGGGCCUGACCCGGGGCUACAGCCCGGGGCCGUGGCACCUGCGGGAGGGGGCGGCCUGGCGGGCUGGUCCGACUGGUUCCAAGCAGGAAGUCCCCGCCUCCGCCCCGCGCGGCUGGGGCGCCGAUCCGUCCGUCGGUCGGUCCAUCGGUGCGGCGGCCGGUCCUGGGCGCGCGGCCGGGGCGGGGACCGGGGCGGCUUCAUCUGCGACGCCCCCACCCACAGGCCAAUCCCGGGCGGCUGGCGGCGCGCGGCUGCGCGGGGCGCGGCCGGUGGGAUAAGAGGCCAGGUGAGCCUACCUGAUCCGCGGCGGCGGCGGCGGUGGCGGCGGCGGGCGGGGCGCGCACGGGGCGGCGCCGAGCGGACACGACGCACGCGGCGGGCGCGGGCUCCGGCGGCAUGUCCGGCAGCAGGAAGAGCUGGGCUACGCUGUCCAGCCUGGCCAGGCAAUGGACCCUGGAGGAUGAGGAGGAGCAAGAGCGGGAGCGGAGGCGGCGGCACCGCAACCUGAGCUCCACCACCGACGACGAGGCAGCCCCACCGGCCCUGGAUGCAGACCCACCGGCCCCGGAGAGACUGCCGAGUGUGGAGGAGGCGGAGAUACCCCAGCAGCCGCCCCCCCCAGACUCCAAGGAUGAGAACGAGGACGUGCGCACUGUCGUUAGGACGCGGCAAGAGCGGAGACAGAGGCAGCGGCUGGUGGAAGCAGCACAGGCUCCCGUCCGGGAGCAGCUGGAGGCAGAGCAGGGGGACAGCGAGGGCGCUGGGCAGGCCGGGCAGCGGCCCCUGGUGCCCAGGAAGGAGGUGGAGCUGCCGCCUCACCGGACACUGAGCCGGGAGCGGUGGGGCUCCGGGGCCCGGGAGGAGGAGAGCGCGGGCAAGGAGCCAUCGGGCGGCAGGAAGUGGGGCUCGGAGAAGCCCGCUGCUCCAGGGAAGACGUGCCCCGAAAGGAGCCCAGACUCCGAGGAAGUCUCCGUCUCCGAGAGGUCCCCAGGCCCUGAGAAAGUGUCUGUGUUGGAGAAGAUCGCCGUGUUGGAGAAAAGAACCGUCUCAGGAAAGAGAUCCCUCUCAGAAAAAGCAAGCAUCUCAGAGAAGCUGCCCGCCCCAGGGAAGACGCGGGGCUCGGAGAAGAGACUCGUGUCUGAGAAGGCGGAGGUCUUUGAGAAGCCCAUGGCCUCGGGGCCAGAGCCGGCCCCCACCAGGGCAGCAGCCUCGGGGCAGGCCCAGGAGCAGCCAGCCUCCGGGAAGAGCCCGUCCAUCACCCAGGGGCAGAGGAGGGCCCGCCCUGAGGAGCAGCCCGCAUCCCCCGCCUCGGAGCCCCGGGCUGUAGCUGGCCGCCUCCCACCCAUCACUCUCCAGGUGAAGAUCCCCAGCAGGGAGGAUGAGGUGGACACAUCCUCGCCCACCGGGGCCACCUACAGCAGCUCCCUCCGCCGCUCCAGCCCCAGGACUAUCUCCUUUCGGAUGAGCCCCAAGAGAGACAUCUCAGAGGCAGCCUUGACCCGCAGUGCCAGCAUGAGGCUCCCAGCCAGUUCGGUCAGUUUAGGCCAGAAGCUGGAAAGAUACCACACAGCUAUACAGCGGUCAGAAUCUGUCAAGUAUCCCGGCUCCACCCGCACUGAGUUCCUGGUGGCUCCCGUGGAUGUGGCCAGAAAGCGCCACCUCUUUGAGAAGGAGCUGGCGGGCCAGGGACGAGAAGAACCCACGUCCAGCCGGAAGGAAGACUUGAAGCUCUCGGGGGUUGUGACAUCAAGGCUCAACCUGUGGAUCAGCAGGACCCAGGAGUCUGGGGAUCGGGACCCCCAGGAGGUACAGAAAGAGUCGGCCGCUGCCAGGAGGACCCAGUGGAGAAAGAAAACAGAUCCCUCCCUGGAUGCCCAGGUGUGAGGAGCCUGGGCUCAGGGCCCUGCAGCUGCACCCCUAUCUCAUCGCCCUGCUCCCCUUCUGCCUCUGGACCUGGGACCAGGGACCCUGGGACCCUUGGACGGUGUGCCCGGAUCUUGUCCUGCUGCAGGCAUGGUGGAGCCUGGGCACAGCACAGCUCUCAUCCACGUCGUCCUGUCCAGAGAUGCUCCUGCUCCUGGCUCCCUUCCAGGGUCAGGGUGGCGCCGUCCCCCGGGAAGCCCAGGGUCACUUGUGUGGUCUGCGCCCAGCAGGUGUCUUGGUGUAUGUGUACCUCUCGGAGGCCGGUCCACCCCCUCCGUCCCUGGGCCACUCCCAGCUCUCCGGGGCUGGAGGCGUCACACUGUCAUCCUCGGGCCUCAUCCCUGCUUUGUUCUCCCGCACGACCCUGACCUGCUGCUCCGGCCAAGCCCUGGGUGCCUUCCUGUGCCUCUCCCUCUGUUCUCAGGAAAGAGCUGAUAAACUCAUUCACUCUCAGGUGGAAGUGACUAAUAAUACCUUCAAAUGGA